GAAUCUUUAAGCAGAAAUAAAAUUCAACGAUAAAGCACGCUGAGACUUAGCAAUGCCGUUAGAAUCGUGCCACGAAAAGUCUUUGAAAAUGAAGGUGCAGAGUGGAGACAGGAGACUACAACGAACUUAUAUGGACUAAAAGUCGAACGUACGAAAACCAUCUUUCUGAUCGAUCAACAGAAUAACUUGACGGGAGAUGAACUCUCUCGCCUUAGCUGGGAUCAUCGUGGGUGGCGUCGUCCUCCUCAUGGCCUUCAGGCACAUCACCAGAUGCGUCGAGGUGAACCGAGAGCGGCACGCGGAGCGCGAGAGGCUGCAAGCCAUACAGACACAGAGCGCAGCAGGUCACCUGCCGGCGACGCACAACGUCGAGCUAGAGUCGGUGAACCGAUUCCUGGACGGCAUCCUGCGCGAGAAGCCCGCGCGGUUCACGCCGGAGAACCUGCACGAGUUCACGGGGGGCUACGCGGAGCGGGUAGGUUCCGGCGGCUUCGGCGUGGUGUACCGCGGCAGGUUUCCGAACGGCGUGCUCGUGGCCGUGAAGGUGCUCAACGGCACGCUCGACCGUCGCGCCGAGGAGCAGUUCAUGGCGGAGGUCGGCACGGCGGGCCGGACGUACCACAUCAACCUCGUCCGCCUCUACGGCUUCUGCUUCGACGCCACCACAAAGGCGCUCGUCUACGAAUACCUCGAGAACGGCUCCCUCGACCGCGUUAUCUUCAACGCCGCCGCCGGUGCCGCCCACGUGCUCGCGUUCGACACGCUGCACGGCAUCGUCGUCGGAACAGCGAAGGGGAUCCGGUACCUGCACGAGGAGUGCCAGCACCGGAUCAUCCACUACGACAUCAAGCCGGGCAACGUGCUGCUCGCGGCGGACUACUCCCCAAAGGUAGCCGACUUCGGGCUCGCCAGGCUCUGCAACAGCGACAACAGCCACCUGACCAUGACCGGCGCGCGGGGCACGCCCGGUUACGCGGCGCCCGAGCUGUGGCUGCCGCUCCCUGUGACCCACAAGUGCGACGUGUACAGCUUCGGCAUGCUCGUGUUCGAGAUACUCGGGAGACGGCGCAACUACCUCGAGGCCGCCCAGUCCCAGCACGCGGCGGCGGCAGGGCCGGACACGAUGAUCAGCCAGGAGUGGUACCCGAAGUAGGUGUGGCAGAGGUUCGACCAGGGCCGGUUCGACGACGUCAUGGCGGCGUCCGGGAUACGGGCCGAUGACAGGGAGAAGGCCGAGAGGAUGUGCAAGGUGGCGCUGUGGUGCGUGCAGUACCAGCCGGAGCUGAGGCCGGCGAUGAGCAGCGUGGUGAGGAUGCUCGAGGGUGAGGAGGAGAUCGCGCGGCCUGUGAACCCGUUCACGUACAUGGCCAGCCUCCAAAUCAUUUCUGGAUCGAGCAGCGGUGGCAGCACUACUGCCACUACGUCCGGCGAUUCCGCCAACAGAUCCUCGGCAUCAUCAAUGGCGUGGCUAGAUUGAACACUUUUUUGGGGGUUGGAUUAGCAUGUUGAAUAUAUAGUGCGUAUGGUUGUAAUUUGUGGGAACUUUUUUUCUUUGGUUUGCUUGAUAGUUGCAGUCACAGACAGGGUUUUUUUUUUAUCACUAGGUGGUAACAUUCAGCUAUAUUCUGAAUUUUAGACAUUUUGUUUUGACAGAAGCCAAGAGUAAAAGAGAUAAACAAGAUUGCAUGUAUGUUGCAACCGGUCUUUACUAACAUGAUUUGUUUUCUGCUU